AGAAACACAGCUCCUGCCCCACAUUUCCUCGAGCACCUCGCAGCCAUUUCUUCUGCUUCCCCAUUCCUCCUUCCAGAGUGAGUGACCGAGAGGGAGAUGCUCCUCCAGCUACAGGGUUCUAGAACCUUCUAGAGCGAACCUCCACCAGGCAGCUCAACCUCGCUGGCCUCGUCGGCUAGCCGCGGUACCCAGGUAGGUCCGGCCGUCCUCCUCCAGCAGGCGAUUCGGAGGGAUCGAUCUGCUGCUGCGCCGGAGUGACGUCGAUUGGCUUUUGAAUUUCGUUUUCCCCCCUCCCCGAAAAUUUUCGGAAUCUCCUGCUGCCGGCUGCGGAUCUCUCCCGAGGGAAGAAGGCCCGGCCUAGAGGCACCAUUCGCCGCCUCGCGAUACUCCUCGUCACCGCCGCCACCACCUCCAGCUCCGCCUCGUCCGGCCUCAGAAUGGUGAGGGAUCUCGUCGCCCAUCGCCGCACCCCGUCGAGGGCUUCCGUCUCGGAAGCCGGCGGCAGCAACGACGAGAACGCGCCGGCCGAUGACUCGUCCGCCGCCGCCGCCGCAGCAGCACUGGUCGGUGCCGCCGCCACCGCGGAGCCCGACGCGGCGUCGCGGCCGCCUCUCCUCGCCAUCCAGCCGUCGGCGUCGGCGUCGGGGUUGAAGCGGAAGCAGGAGUCGCCGGCGCCCACGCCCUCCUCGAAGCUUCCCUUCCGGACCCCGGAGAAGGCCGCCGCGCGGAGCCGCUUCGGCUGGGCCCCGCCCCGCGCCGAGGAGCUUCCCCCUCGGAUGACCACCCCCCGCGCGCAUCGCGGCAAGGCAGCCGCGGCGCCGGCGGCCUCCGAGGGCGGCGGGUCGGCGCAGACCACGCCGACCAAGAGCGUGUCGAAGCCGGCGCACAACUACAGCGUCGGGAUGAGCGGGUCGAGGCAGGUGGUGAUGAGCGGUGGCGCCCGCGGGUUGGGGUUCUCGACGGGUGCGAGGGGCAGUGCGGGGCCCGUGUCGUUUGGACAGCAGCCGGUGACGGCGGUGGUGAAUUCCGUGGAGGUGCCGCAUUUCGAGCUGCGGGAGGAUCCCUCCUUCUGGAUGGACAACAACGUCCAAGUUGUUAUCCGUGUCCGUCCCUUAAAUAGCACAGAGAAACACUUGCAUGGUUAUAAUAGAUGCUUGAAACAAGAAAGUGCACAGAGUAUCACAUGGGUUGGACAACCAGAAAGCCGUUUUACAUUCGACCAUGUUGCUUGUGAGGGAGUGAAUCAGGAAGUGCUCUUCCGCGUUGCUGGUUUACCAAUGGUUGAGAACUGCAUGGCUGGAUACAACAGCUGCGUCUUUGCUUAUGGACAGACUGGAAGUGGAAAGACGUACACGAUGCUUGGUGAAAUCAGUGAUCUAGAAGUUCGACCUAGUCAAGAACGUGGGAUGACACCGCGCAUUUUUGAGUUCUUGUUUGCUAGAAUCAGAGCGGAAGAAGAAAGCAGGAGAGAUGAGAAGCUUAAGUACAACUGCAAGUGUUCUUUCUUGGAGAUUUACAAUGAACAAAUUACGGAUCUCCUUGAUCCUUCAUCCACAAAUCUCCCACUCCGUGAAGAUAUAAGGAAUGGAGUUUAUGUUGAAAAUUUGACUGAACUUGAAGUUGGUAGUGUCAGCGAUAUUAUAAAACUUCUGAUCCAGGGUUCUGUGAAUAGGAAAGUAGCUGCGACAAAUAUGAAUCGCGAGAGUAGCCGCUCCCACAGUGUUUUUACUUGUAUUAUUGAGAGUCGGUGGGAAAAAGACUCUACAUCCAACUUACGGUUUGCGAGACUGAAUCUAGUUGAUCUUGCUGGGUCGGAACGGCAGCGGAGUUCUGGUGCUGAAGGUGAGCGGCUGAAGGAAGCUGCUAAUAUCAACAAAUCAUUAUCAACAUUAGGGCUUGUGAUAAUGAGUCUAGUUGACCUUACACAUGGGAAACAAAGGCAUGUUCCUUAUAGGGACUCAAGAUUGACGUUUCUUCUCCAGGAUUCACUUGGCGGAAACUCCAAAACAAUGAUCAUUGCAAAUGUCAGCCCUUCGUUGUGUUCUGGCAAUGAAACCCUUAGUACUCUCAAGUUUGCUCAGCGUGCUAGGCUCAUUCAAAACAAUGCUGUUGUGAAUGAAGAUGCUUCAGGAGACGUGCUAGCUUUGCAGCAUCAGAUUCGACUCUUAAAGGAGGAGCUAGCUGUCCUCAAGCGGCAACGUGUUACUAGAUCUUUACCAUUCAGUGCUAACAUUAGUGAAAGAUCUGGAGGUGAUGCUGACAAUGGUACUGAAACCAUGAAUGUUGAUGAGGAAAAUGAUAAUGAUGCUCCCAACAGAAAGUCUUUGCAAAAUUUAAGAAUUUCAAAUAAGCAGCUGAGAUCACUGGAAGAAACACUAGCAGGGGCUUUGCGAAGAGAAUCAAUAGCAGAAACUACUGUAAGGCAACUUGAAGCUGAAAUUGAGCAUUUGAACAGAUUGGUUUCUCAAAGGGAGGAGGAUACAAGGUGCGCUAAGAUGGCACUGAAAUUCCGUGAAGAUAAGAUCCACCGGAUGGAGGCGCUUGUUCAUAGCAAAUUGCCUGCAGAAUCAUAUCUAGUAGAAGACAACAAAGCUUUGUCGCAAGAAAUUGAGUUGCUUCGUGCAAGAGUUGAGAAAAAUCCAGAAGUAACUCGUUUUGCGCUAGAAAAUAUUCGUUUAUCAGACCAACUCAAGAGGUCCCACCAAUUUUGUAAUGAAGGGGAGAGGGAACUUCUGUUGAAUGAGGUUUCCAACCUUCGAAAUCAGGUCUCGCAAAUACUAGAAGAGAGGAUAUUAUCCGAGCAGCAAAAUAACAUUUCAGCCGAGGAGACUGAACUACAAUGCUCUAACUUAGCAAGUGACCCUGAAGCUUUACCUAUGGAGUUGAAAAGGACCCGCCAAGAGUUAGAAACCUCUAGAAGCGAGCUGCAAGUUUGCUUAGAAUCGAAUAAAAAACUAACAAGGGAAAUAGCUGAUCUACAAAAACAAUUUAGUACCAUCAAACGCUCAAAGAGGGAGGAACAUUCUAAUCUAUUCGAGAAUUUUUCAUCGACAUUACAGCAGAGUGAUUCUCAAACACUUGCAAAGAUGGUAGAUUUUGUUGAGGAGGCUUUCAUGGAGAAGACAGAAGAUACAUUGAGCCUGCAGCUGGAGUUGGACAUACUUAAAACAAUUCUUGCAGAAGAGAGGACAGCCCGUGUGGAGGUUGAGGAAAGAGCUACUAGCUUAGGUGAUGAGUUGAAAGCAGUGAAUUUACGUAUUCUUGAAGCUUGCAAACAGAGUGAUGCUACAGAGAGCAAACUGAAUGAUGCAAGAUCUGUUAUUGAAGCUCUCGAGUCGCAACAGAUUCUGUUGAUAAAUGAAAUAGAUGAGUUGAAGGAUAAUAAUCACCAAAGCAUUGAGCUUCUAAAGAGGAGGGAUAUAGAAAUCUCAAGAUUGAAUACUGAGUUUGACAACCACCGAAGACAUGAAUUAUUGGCUAUUGGAGAUUCCAAAAUGCAACUUGUAAAGUGUUUAAAAAAUGAAGACUCACCUCUGCAGAGAAAGCUGAAAAGGAUGCAAGCUUCACUUGAGAAGGCACAUGACUUAAAUACAAGGUACCAAAGAGAUCAGGCAUCUGAUAGUUCUGCCAAGCAAGAAAUGGAUGAAGUCCGGAGACAGGUUGAAGUUGAAACAACUGAGGUGAUUAUGUGCUUGCAAGAAGAGCUUACAUCACUCCAACAAGAGUUAGAUGGUAGUAAAAAAAAUGAAUUGUUUGCCAAACAAAGCUUAGAUGAGCUUCAACUGGAAAUGAAACAGUUGAAUGAUAGGCUACUUGAGGUGAUGAAAGAGAACGCGAGCUUUUCUGUUCUAACUGAAGAAAAACAAAAGGAAAUUCAGCUGAUGACCAAUGACUGCGAGAGCUUACAAAAAGAGAUUAUAUCACUCCAACAAAACUUAGAUGCUAGUAGCAAUAGUGAGUUAUUGGCCAAACAGUGCCUAGAUGAGCUUCGGCUGGAAAGGAAACAGUUGAAUGAUAGGCUAUUUGUGGUGAUGAAUGAGAAUAAAGGUUUUUCUGCACUAAUUGAGGACAAAGAAAAGGAAAUUCAGCUGUUGACUAAUGACUGGAACAGGUUAGCUGUUGACAUUGGAACCUUUCUUGUGGAUGGAAAUGCUUCUCUUGAUGAAGCUUCUGACCAGGUUGCCUUUAUUUCUGAGUCCUUCUCUCGGAGAAGGUGGAUUGAGGAUCAAGUCCGGAAGAUGUGUCGAGGUAUAUCUGACAGAGAUAAGUUACUUGAAGACCUUCAGAACCAGCUGAAGGAGGCAGAUGCUAUAAAAUAUGACUUGGACCUGAAGUUAAGAUCCUUAAGAGGAGCAAUGGAGGCCGUAAAUGAAAUGCAUCAACAUGAAAUGAAUGAUCAAGAAAAAGCAAUUGCUCUUUUAAGAUCUCAAGUAUCUGAACAAGGGCAUGUAAAUCAGCAUCAACUUGAAGAACUUAAGAGAGUAGAGCUUUUGUUGGAUGAAUCCAUUGGGACCUUUCUGCAGAAGGAGGUCCUAGAACAAAACUAUGUAUCAUUAUUGACGGUGGUGGAAGAAGAGAUUCAUCAGCUCAAUUCUCAGUUAGACCAGUCAAAGAAAUAUAUAGCUGAAUUACUGAGUCAGAGCAAGGACAAGGAGGAGAGUUUUGACAAGCUAAAAAAUGAAGAUAGUGCAGUUCUGCUUAGAAUGUCGUCGGAUGUUCUGAAGGCAAAGGGUAUUAUACGUGAGUUUGGAAUUGGAUUUAAUACAUUGCAGUCAAGCCUUUCUGUGGACCCUGAAGAAGUCGUUUGUCAAAAUUCAGACUUGAAUUUGGAGGCUCGGGCUGAACUUAAAAGGCUGGGAGCCCUUGAAGCUGGACAUCAAAGCAAUGCUGAAGCCCUUCGUCAACUUAGUAUUGAGAUGGAAUCUGCAGUUCAUGAACUGCAGAUGCUGCAGUCUCAAAUGGCCAAGCUUCUGCAAGAAAAGGAAAAUAUGAAAGAAUGCCAUUUGCAGAGUCAAAGAACUCUUGAAGAUCUAAGUUCCGAGGUCCUUCAAUUGAAGUCACACAUAAUUGAUCAAGAGAAGUGCUAUGAAGUCAGACUUAAAGAAUUGGAAACAAAGAUGCAAGAAAAGGAAAAUGAUGCAGCAACAUCGCUUACUUCAUGGCAUAAAGAGAAAGAGGUACUUGAACUUGAGGUUUCAGAGGCAAAAGGUCUGGCACACCAGAAAUCAUUUGAGGCUUGUACUCUUAUAGCCAAGUUUCAAGAAGCACAGGCAACUAUAGCUGAUGCAGACUCCACAGUAAAUGCACUGGUCAAAGCAAAUAAAAACACGAAACUUCAAGUAGAAAACUACAAACAAAAAGAAAGUUUGUUUACAGUUGAAAAGGGUGACUUGCUAAGGGAGGUCAGUAGUUUGAAGAUGCUCCUAGAUUUGAAGGAACAGAGUUACCAGGAUAUGGAAAGGAAAUUUAAGUCAAGCCUGCUUGAGGCAAAUGAGGUAGCUCUUGAACUGGAAGAUGGCAUUAGGUAUAUGAAGAAUCUGCUAUCAGAGAACCUUGAGUUUGUUUCUUCUGAUGUUGAAUGGAUGAAGUCAAAACUUCGGCAGUUCGCAGAGUUAGCAAGAACUUGGUUAGAGGAGAACUGGUUAGAGAUAAUUGGAAAAGAUUGUGCUGUUUCUGUGUUGCACCUCUGCCAUAUGGGAAUUUUGUUGGAGAGAAUUACUGGGUUGAAUGCAGAAAAUGGUUUCCUUCAGCAUGGGCUCUGUGAGACUAAUUCUGUGAUAUCUAAGCUGCGAGAGCACAAUGACAAAGCAAAGAAUGAACUCCAAAUUUGUAGUGUUCUCAAAGGAAAAUUACUGCUUGACAUCAACCACAGUUUCAGUCGUAUUGCGAAGAAGGAACAAGAAGCAACUGAAUUAAGCUCGAGAUUGGAUUCUUUCGGGAAGAAGAUUCUGCAUUUGCAAGCACAAGAGGAAGCAAUGUUGGCACGGUCAGACUCCAUGUAUAGUGAACUCUCCGUUUUGAUUGAAGAGAUUGACGCUACCAACAGGAGUGCUUUGGUAGCUGAAUCCAUAGAAAAGAAAGAGCUACGUCACCAAUUGGAAGAAGCUUUACUUCUCAAUGCAACGUUGAAGGAUACAAUACUUGAAGAUUUGAGUGUGCUUGAAGUGAACAAUGCUCUACCUGUAAAUGACAUGAAAAGGUGUAAUGAAUUUGAGUUUUGCAGUUGGCUUGCAAACUAUCACCAUGAGGCGGUUAUGAUCAAUACAAUUGCAAAAGAAAUUGACUCUACUGUCUUGGCUUCAGAACUGGAACAACAUAAAGUACAGCUUCAAAAACAAAGGCAUAUGUUUACUGAUGUACUUGAAGGAUUGAAUAUGGAAGCAACUUUGUGGAAAGUUGACCAGGAUUUGGGCAGUGUUUCAUUACAUGCUUUACAUGAGGAGAACAGUGAUAUGAAGAUUGAUUUGGAGAACCUGAAGCAAAACAAGGAUGGAGUUAUGGAAAGCAUACUUGCAAUGAGUGAGGAAAACUCAAAACAAAGAUUUUUAGUUGACUCCUUGGAAUCCAACAUCAGUUUGUUGCAAACAGACCUAGAUGGAAAAGUCAGAGCUCUGAUGGAGUUGCAAUGCUCCCAUGCAGCCUUAUGUAAAGAGCUUGAGUUGAAAUCUGAGGUCAUUGAACUCGGAAUAUUGAGAGAAAAUGCUUUGAGGUCUGAGAAUGAUUCAUUGAAGCAUGAAAAUCAGGAUAUCCUGUGCAGGGACCAAAGGAUGGUUGAUCUGGUUUCUAAUAUUGACACAGAGAAGUUGUCUGCUUCCGUUCAAGGCUGUUUGGAGCAAGUUAGUGAUCAAGUACAUAAAUACAUUGAUGAACAAUUGAGCACGGUGAUGAAGUUCUCCAAUGACUUAGACUCAAUUCAGUUGUCUGCUGAGGAGCUAAGCAUAUAUAAUUCAUUUUUACAGUCUGAAUUAGCUAGGAAAGAUGAAAUGGCCAAGGGCUUAUCAUUUGAUCUUAGCCUAUUACAGGAGUCAGCAUCUGUUGCAAAAGAUCAAUCAGAUAAACUUAUUGAGUUGACUGAAGCAAUUAACUCCCUGCAGCAAGAGGUUGCUUCUAAAUCACAUGAACUUGAUAAUCUUGUUUCCGGAAGGCAACUACUAGAAGCUCAAAUCAUGAGUAGUAAUGAAAAGAUCACUGUGCUAGAGGAGCAGCUAGCAAGUACAGUUUCUGAACUAAAGGUAGUUUCUAUGGAGAACAGUGAAUUUAAAUCUCAGCUCAACCAUAUGGAAGGGAUCAGUUAUGCCAUGGAAGAGGAGUUAGCCGAUAGAAGUAAAGCCACUGAAAGAAUGGAAGAACGGUUGGCUGAGCUGACAAGUUUACUCGAUGAAAGGAACAGUUUUCUUCAGAUUUUGCAAAAUGACUUCUCCAAGCUUUUGGAUGAGAAGCAAUUCUGCGACUCACAGGUGCAUAUCUUGAGAGAGAAGCUGGAGAUGGCUCAGGCAGUGGCAGAAGAAAGUGAAGCAAUUGCUGCGGAGGCUCGACAGAUAGCGGAUGAAAGGAAGACAUAUGCUGAAGAGAAGGAUGAAGAAGUCAAGCUGUUGGAGAGGUCAAUUGAGGAGCUCGAAAGUACUGUAUGUGCUUUGGAGAAUCAGGUGGGAAACAUCAAGGAAGAAGCUGAACGGCUAAGAAUACAUAGAGAAGAAUUAGAAGUGGAGAAAGUCAGGCACCAAAUGACAUCAGUACCGUGCGCUGGGAAAGUAAGGAGCUCCAUGGAAGAUGGAAUGGUUGAUUCAACUGGCUCAUUCAGACACUCAAGAGAGAUACAUAAUGAGCUACUGGAGGCUCAGGAGAAUAUAAGAAUACUUGAAAAGGAGGUUGCAGAAAAGGAAUCAGAGAUUGAUCAGUGCAAGUCACAUAUAUCAGAGCUAAACCUACAUGCGGAGGCAGCAGCACGAGAAUAUAAGCAAAAGUUCACGGAGCUAGAGGCCAUGGCACAACAGGUUAAUAAUGACAAUGCAUCCAUAAAUGCUUUCUCCACGAGACCAGAGAAGAUUAGCUUGAAACCUCGGGGUUCAGGCUCCCCAUUUAAGUGCAUUGGGUUGGGCUUUGUACAGCAAGUAAAUUCUGAGAAAGAUGAAGAACUUAGUGCUGCAAAGCAACGUAUUGUAGAACUCGAGGGCAUAGCAGCUAGUCGGCAAAGGGAGAUAUUCAUGUUGAAUGCGAAAUUAGCUGCAACAGACAGUAUGACACAUGAUGUGAUUCGUGAUAUGUUAGGGGUUAAGAUGAACAUGACAACUUGGGCGACACUAGUUGACAAACAGCAAAAGAUGAGUACAAAAGAGACAGCUAUUUGUCAAACCGAAGAAUCUAAAGAGUCCAAUGAGCUGAUUAAGUUGAAGAAGCGGCUUGACGAAUUCAUUGAAGAGAGACAGAGUUGGAUUGAUGAAAUAAACCAAAGACAAUCAGAACAUGGAGCUGCUCGCAUUGCCAUAGAAAAAUUACGACAAAAGGAACAUUUUAUGGUAGCUGAAGUUGACUUGCUGAAGGCUGAGAAUGCAAACUACAAAACCAUAAUUUUUAAUCUUGAAGAUGAAGUAAAGAAGCUUACCAGACAACAGAAUCUUCAGCUGCGGAUUAAUCACCAUGUCAAAACAAAGGAAGAGAACAUCCUGCUGAAAAAGCAGAAUGAAGAACUAAGUGCAAAGCUGCAGCAGCUAGGGGCCAUUGUUUCCCGCUCAAAGGAAAAGCUUGGCCGCAACAGAGUCUCAGAUGGAAAAGAUCCAGAUGAGCAGAUGGAAGAGGAAGUGUUUUUGAGGAAAAAAUUAGAGGAAAGUGAACAAGAUAGAAACAAACUUGCAGAAAAUCUGUCGAGUUUGUGUACCACUGUUCUGAAGGUAGCUGGAGUUAGAAGCUGUGAGUCUGACGCGAGUCUUCUGAAAGCCAUGGAAGCCUUAAAUCAACUCCAGUGUUGCAUUUCUUCUUUGGAGAGUGAGGUCGACGAUCUUAGGCUAAAGUGCAAAUUGUUGCGUGAAAAGGCCCGAUUAGACGAUCUCCGUAGCGACUCGUCCUCUCUGAGCUCGGGGGCGAAAGAGGGCUCCAGAUCACCAAGCGUGUGCAGAUCUCCGAGCAUUUCGCCUUUCCGAUGAGUCGACGCAGGUGAAACAAAAUGUACAUAACACAUAGUUUGUUACUGGUUAGUCAUCAGCUAACACCCAUCCGGUAGGUCUUUAGCUCUUAAGCAUCUCCUCUAGUACAGUUCAAUUGCUAGAAGGGAGGAUGGGGAUUCGGCAAUUUCUGUUGCUGAUGUUGUAUUUGUUGGUCUACUGCUUAACCAUGUACACUGUAUAUUUAAUCAAUGAAAUCCAAUGCAAUCAUUCUUUCAUU